AUGCGAAUCCACGUCAGCUGCUACUCCAUAUUUCUCAGAGAAUGGCUUUCAGUGUUCAACCACCAGCAUUUCCUCAUCCUCCGCACGGAGGACUACCACAGCAACAUGAAGGAGACUUUGACGAAAGCCUUUCAGUUUCUGCAAGUUCGUAAGUAAACAAUACACUCUCUAACACAAACUAUUGUUUCCCUUUUUUUUCAAAUUAACAUUUUUAAAGAACCGUUUUAGCACUGUGUUAGAGAUUAUUGAACUUUAAAAAAUUCAAAAUAUUUAAUUCCAAGUUUAACGAAAUUAAAUUAAGGACUUUUUAAUUCAUCAAAAUCUGUUGAAUUAUUUAGAGAAAAUAAAUCAUUUUAAGUAUAAAUUUUAAUGAAUUAUUCUUAGAGUGAUUUGCUAAUUACGAUAAUAAUGGAUUUCUUCUUGAAGCCGUACAAAUAAUAUGUUGCAUCGCAAUGUCUAGUUGAAUCGUCUACAUUUCGUCUCUGUUCAGCUCCUUUGCCAGAACACGACCUUGACCUUCUGGUGAAACAGAAGGUGAUACACGAAACGAGACUUAAGAAGAAGGCCGGGCCGAUGUAUCCGGAGACGAGGGCGUUGCUGGACGAAUUCUUCUAUCGAUUUAACCAAGACCUCUCUCAGCUUCUCAAUGACACACGGUUUAUGUGGCCGGAGUCAUCAUAG